CGGUGAUGAGUGCGGAAUGGGUUUAUCCGUUCAUCUUAUUCCAUAUCUUAACUGUUUUUAUUCUAUUUUAAUUUGUACUUUCAAUUUUAAUAGUACUAUUACCAUCCAAUCAUUCUAUUUGUUUUUCUUCUAUUUAUUAAAAAUUGUUACUGUCAUGGAGAGAGUGAAUGAGCAGCAUAAAUAUUUAUCAAUAUACUAUCAAAAUGUUAGAGGUUUGAGGACAAAGACACACUCAUUUCUGACUUCACUCCUGGCUUCUGAUUAUGAUGUUAUUGUUAUCACUGAGACGUGGUUGUGUAAUGGAAUCAUGGACAGUGAGUUGUUCACCGACUCCUAUAUUAUUUAUCGGAGAGAUAGGCCACAAGGUAUGGGCGGUGGGGUCCUGAUUGCUGUUAAUCGUAGGGUUCGCUCUAAUCUAUGUCCCUGUUUAACUCUUGAUCCGUACGAGAGUCUUGGUGUCAAUAUCAACUUUGAGGGUGUUAGCCAUACAGUAAUCGCUGUUUACAUUCCUUGCUCUUCUAGCUUUCAGUACUUCGAUACCUAUUUGAGUCACCUGGAAUCUUGUUAUGCAGCUAUUGGUGAUAAGUUGAUCUUUUUGGGGGAUUUUAACUUACCUGAAAUUACCAAUGAUAGGUAUUGUUUGGAGCUGGGCUCUCCUUCUGCCAGAAGAUUGGCCUCUUUCGUUAACUUUUAUGAGCUGGCUCUCUGUAAUACAGUUCUUAAUUGUAAUAAUCGUAUCUUGGACUUGGUCUUUUCCAGCAUUGACAUUAAUGUCGAGCGUUGUGAUUAUUUCCUGGUUCCAGAGGAUGCUCACCAUCCAUCGCUUGUCAUUACAGUUCAGAUGUUGUCCACAUUUCCUAAUUCCCGUUCGAAUUGUAUUGAACUGUAUGACUUCAGGAGGGCGGACUAUCUCAUGCUUUAUACUCAGUUGAGAGAUUGUCAUUGGGAACUCAUUUAUAAUUCUUCUGGUGUGGAUGAAGCUGUUGAUAUAUUUUACAACUUCAUCUAUGAGUGCUUUGAUAAUUGUGUGCCAAAGAGGAGGGUCAGGCCGGGAGGCACUAAAUAUCCACCAUGGUUUAAUGCUGAAAUAAUAGGAUUAAUGAAAAGGAAGGAUAGGUGUGCUAAAAAGAAGAGUUUCUCUUUAUACCACUUGGAACAAUUUAAAAGCUUGAGAACUCGGGUCAAGCAGUUGAUUGCUCGGCAAUAUAGUAACUAUAUAUCCAGGGUGGAGUCGGGUAUCAAAAGUGAUGUCAAGAGCUUUUGGGGUUUUGUCAACUCAAGGAGAACUAAUGGCUCUACUCAUGAAGGUAUGCAUUUGGGUGACCAGGUUUUUGGUUUGCAUGAUUUGCCGGAUGGCUUCGCUCAAUAUUUUUCUUCAGUUUUUUCUGAUGACACACACUUGGCUGAUGUCGACGAUGGCAACAUCAAUCCUGGAAUUAAUAUCCCUUCCCUUUCAAUUGGUUCUAUUGACCUGAGUACAAUAUUGGCAGCAAUGGUAAUCUGA